AUGUUCUUUCAGGAUCAUCCUCAGCCUUUUCGACGUUAUGGUGAUCCACCAAUUGAUCAGAACCCUUCAUCUUCUUAUUGGCUUGGUUGUGGGUGUCCUGCGAAGUAUACCAACUGGACCAAAAUUCAGCUUCUUGGAAAAGGAUCGUAUGGCACCGUACAUUUAGCCAUAUGCAUGGACUCUUAUUCUUCUGGUGAGUCAAUAGCAAUGAAGUCGGCGAUUCUUGACCAAUCUUCUUCCCUCAUGAAGGAGGCAGAAAUUCUCAAACACUUUGUUGAUUGUCCGGAGAUUGUUCGUUGUUUUGGAGUUGAUUUUACCGUUGAGAAUGGCCAAAGAUUCUUCAAUUUACUGCUGGAGUAUGCGUCAGGAGGUACUCUUCUUGAUUUGAUAAAGAAAAGUGGAGGAAAGAUACAAGAAAACGAGGUCAAAAAGUACACUCGGAUGAUCGUCAAAGGCCUUCGUUGCAUGCAUGAAAAGGGAUUCGUUCAUUGCGACCUUAAGCCAGAAAACAUUCUUGUUUUUCCUUCUCCAGAUGGUGCAAGCUACGUCAAGAUCACCGACUUUGGAUUAUCAAAGAUUCCUGAAGAUCCAAAUGAGUUAAUCACGACAACAAAGUUUUCCUUCCGAGGAACACCUACUUACAUGUCUCCAGAAUCUGUUGUUCUUGGGGAAAUCCAUGGCAGUUUGGAUAUAUGGUCUCUGGGAUGCAUAGUCGUUGAGAUGAUCAGCGGAAACCUGGCGUGGGAAUUCAAUGACAUGGAGGAUUUGAUGGUUCUGAUUGCUAAAGAGUCACCCAAGAUUCCCGAAACCAUGUCGGAGAUUGGGAAAGAUUUCUUGUUGAGGUGUCUUGCAAGAGACCCCAAGGAGAGAUGGACGGCUGAGAUGCUACUGCGUCAUCCUUUUCUCAUUGAGACUCGAUCAGGUACGCCAUCUACAAGAAGUGCUGUUUGUUACUCUUCAGCUGGAAAUGUGCUUCCUCCUCCUGGGUUUGAAUCAAUUUCAAGGAAACCUUCCAUUAUUCAGAAAUAUUUGCCUCCUCCUGGGUUUGAGUCAAUUUCAAAGAAACCCCUCGUUAAGAAAUAUUUGCCUACUCCUCCUGGGUUUUCUUCCAAAAGAAUCCUGCAGGCAUGA